UUAAUACGUGUUUGCUGUGAACUUCCAUCAAGCAGCGUACCAGUAACCAGCAUUUUGCUUUUUUGGUCCCAUUCUAAUUGUGACUCCCUCAUAUUCGAAGGAAACGGUUGAUUGUGUUUUUCGCAAGAGUUAACUCGGAUAGAACGUUUUUGGGUUGCGCUAUCUGAUCAACCUAAUUUGCUGCCUAAUUUGCGGCCGACCUCGUUCGGACAGGCCGUGAAAAUAAGUUCCAGCAUCGAGCGGGUGGAAAUCUUACAUUCGGUCUUGACUUAUUCUAAAUUCUGAAGAACAAUGAUGCUCGAUUACGAUGAGAACUGUUUCUACGAGGAGGACAAAAUCCCUCGUCUUCAUAAGGAGUUAAGUUAAGGAGCUGAACGAUGAUUACGUCAACCUACCGAUUCCAGUUGCUGCCGCCCGUCGAUAGCGGACCUCAGAGGACGAUUAUGUUUGAAGACCCAAUGGGGAUGACAGUAACGUCAGGAUCGGUGACGUUGAAAAAAGAUGACAACAAUCUCAUCGGGAUCUCAAUUGGAGGCGGAGCUCCUCUUUGCCCCUGUAUCUAUGUUGUGCAAGUAUUUGAUAAUACGCCUGCUGCCAAGGAAGGCACUUUGCAAAGUGGCGAUGAAAUCGUUGCUGUAUCGGGGAAGAGUACGAAAAGCAAGACGAAGGUGGAGGUCGCCAAGAUGAUCCAGUCGGUAAAGUCAGAGGUCACAAUCAACUACAAUAAACUGCACGCUGAUCCAAAGCAAGGGAAAACGCUUGAUAUUGUCCUGAAGAAAGUCAAACAUCGGAUUGUUGAUAAUAUGAAUUCAUCCACAGCGGAUGCUCUCGGCUUAAGCAGGGCGAUCCUCUGUAACGAUAGCCUAGUGAAGAAAAUGGAUGAGCUUUCCCGUAACGAAUGUAUUUAUCGAGGUCUAAUGGAACAUACACAUCGAACGUUAAAAGCGUUUUUUGAACUCUGUCAUGUGUACAAGCAGUUCGGCGAUGUGUUCGCAGAAAUUGGUGUUCGAGAGCCCCAACCGCGUGCGUCAGAAGCAUUUACCGAGUUUGGCGAGGCGCAUCGCUCCAUUGAAAAGCACGGAAUAAGGUUGUUGAAAACGGUACGACCAAUGCUUUCUGAUCUACACACGUAUUUGCAUAAAGCUGUACCAGACACCAAACUUACGGUGAAAAAGUACGCCGAUGCUAAAUUCGAGUAUUUAUCGUACUGCCUUAAAGUUAAAGAGAUGGACGAUGAGGAGUACGCAUAUCAGGCACUGCAGGAACCGCUUUAUCGUGUGGAGACGGGUAAUUAUGAAUACCGGUUAAUCUUGCGGUGUCGACAAGAGGCAAGAGUUCAGUUUGCCAAAUUGCGAGCUGACGUUCUUGUAAAGUUGGAACUUCUCGACCAAAAACACGUGCAAGAUAUUGUCUUCCAGCUACAAAGAUUAGUGUCUGCAUUAGCCCAGUAUCACACAGAUUGCUGUGACGCUCUGAACGGCACGACGAUAUUUCCCAUAGAGGUUGAUCUUAGUAAGAGCACCUUCCACUAUCAGGACUCCAGCCAACCCAGUCCCUAUCAGGAUGGAGAAGAAGGCAGCGAAAGUGUUGAUGAGAAAUUAGCCGAUGAUAACGACGUCGAUAUACCACGAGACGCUUCAUUGUCCAUUGAAACCAGUGAUGGGCAAUCACGGACACCAUCAUGCAACUCACAUAGUGUCCAGUCGUUCAAUCCACCUACAUCAGGUGACCAGAUUAUUGAUACGCUAGCGUCACUUAAUCAGGAGUUCGCCGAGCUCGGACGGGUCGAACUUGGUGCUAAUGCCGGCAUGAGCUCCACACUCGGAGACCUCACUGCUCUCGGCAGCGAAGUUGGCCUGGAUAAUCAGCAUAAGCUAGACCUUUUCUCGGUCCUCCAGAGUGGAAUGUCGAUAGCUCCUACACAGACCAAUGGUUCUAAUAUUGCGCACCCCACAACUACAAUGGGUCCACACCCGGCCGAGUUGCCAAAACAGCCACUUUUAGAUCUAUUGGACUAAAUGUUAGUGUAUGCGAAAGGAAUCUGUAUAGGGGAGAGUGAAUAUGGUUAACUAGCGAAUUAUAUAACUUUUUAACUUUGUGACAGUUAUAAACUUAUCACCAAUAACAUAAAGUUAUGUCAUUUUGCGGCGGCACAUAUUAAAAGAAAAUAAAUACAAAUAUUUAUUGGACAAGAAAAAUAAUAAAGGGCUAGAAAUGAGAAGAGAAAUAUAUAUCGUCACAAAAUUAUUAUUGUUGAUAAAUAAACAUAAUUUCGUCAAAGAUACUUCGUAAUCUCUAUAAUAAUGACGCGAACACAACCAUGUUAGUAACGCAUUUUUUCAGAAAAUAAUUUUCAUAUAACGUGUACCUUGUAUAUAGACUGAACUGUGGCACCAGCUCCCAAUUUUCCUAACGAAAUCGUCUCAGAUAUUAAGAGGUACAUCGUUCUUCGUUCAGAACUGCUGCAUAUUCUAUGCUUUAUGAAUAUAAUCAAUAUUAAAGGCUGCGUCCUAACAUUGCUUCUUAAUAAAUAAGCAA